AUGCCCUUGGGCCUCAGCGAACAUCGACUGCGCGAAGAGUUGACGCGCGAGGUGCAUGCGCGCCCUUUCGCGCAUCUGCAGCCGAGCGAGCGGGUCACCCACAUCGCCCUGAUGACCGGCGAGGGCGGGCUGGAGGGCGAACGCGCCCACGUCGCCGCACUCUGCCAGCGCUACGGCAAGCCGCCGCCGGGCGACACCGCCAACUUCCACCUGGUCGACCUGGGGCCCUUCCGGCUGCGUUGGGAGCGGCACACGGAGUUCUCCACCUAUGCCUUCUACGCCCGCGAGGCGGCGCCUCUGCGCGACGACGGCAAGGUCGACCGCUUCGCCCACCCGGUGAUCGAGCGGGUGCCGCGCGACUGGGUGCAGCGGUUGCCCGGCGAGUUGCUGGUCGGCCUGCACCUUGAGCUGGAGGCGCGUGACGCGCCCAGGCUGGAGACCGAUCCCGACAGCAUCGGCGAGCUGAUGCAGAUCGAGAACUACGCCGGCUCGGCCGUCUCCGGCGGCUCGGCCAUGGCCUGGAUGAACUUCUGGGUCGGCGCCGACGGCUUCGGCCGGGCGCUGAUCCGCGACGUCGGCCUGCGGCCGCGCCAGGCGGGGCGACUCGUGCAGCGUCUCUGCGAGGUGGAGACCUAUCGCAUGAUGGCGCUGCUGGCGCUGCCGCUGGCCCGCCGCCACGGCGGCGAGCUCUCGCGCCUGGGCGAGCGCCUGCGCGGCAUCAUCGACGAGAUGACCGAUUGCGCGCGGCUGGAGGACGAGCAGCGCCUGCUCGGCGAGCUGACCGACGUCUCCGCCGGGAUCGAGCGGAUCUCGGCCGAGACCAACUACCGCUUUUCCGCCGCGCGCGCCUACUACGCCCUGGUGCAGCGCCGCAUCCAGGAGCUGCGCGAGGAGCGCAUCGAGGGCUUCCAGACGAUCCAGGAGUUCAUGGACCGCCGCCUCAGCCCGGCCAUGCGGACCUGCGAAUCGACCCAGGACCGGCUCGACACGCUCUCGCGCCGGGUCGCGCGCGCCGGGCAGCUCCUGCGCACCCGCGUCGACGUCACCCUGGAGGCGCAGAACCGCGACCUGCUGGAGUCGAUGAACCGCCGGGCCAAGCUGCAGCUCCGCCUGCAGGAGACGGUCGAGGGCCUCUCGGUGGCGGCGAUCAGCUACUACCUGGUCAGCCUGGUCAAAUACCUCGCCGAGGGCGGCGAGUCCUUCGGGCUGCCGCUGACGCCGAACCAGAUCACCGCCCUGUCGAUCCCGCUCGUGGUCGGCCUGAUCUGGUUCGGCAUGCGCCGGGUCAAGCGCGCCCUGCGCCGGGGCGACCGGCGGACCUGA